GAUUGGUCGCGCGCUGAGGCCGGACCCGCCUCCCGUCUUCCUCUCUCUACCUCAGCAGAAGCCGCCGGGGUCUUCUUGGAGUCUAACUGUUGUAGACGCCCACCCGCUGUGCAGUUGCGAUGCCGCGUGGUAGCCGAAGCCGCACCUCCCGCAUGGCCCCGCCGUCCAGCCGGGCACCUCAGAUGAGAGCUGCGCCCAGACCAGCGCCAGCAGCCCAGCUGCCAGCAGCAGCUCCACCAUCUGCUGUUGGCUCACCUGCUGCUGCACCCCGGCAGCCAGGUCUGAUGGCCCAGAUGGCAACUACUGCAGCUGGUGUAGCUGUGGGCUCUGCUGUUGGCCACACGCUAGGUCAUGCCAUCACUGGGGGCUUCGGUGGAAGUAACACUGAGCCCUCAAGGCCUGACAUCACUUACCAGGAGCCACAGGGAACCCAGCCGGCAUACCAGCAGCAGCAGCAGUUUGGCCCAUGCCACUAUGAGAUGAAACAGUUUUUGGAGUGUGCCCAGAACCAGGGUGACCUUAAGCUUUGUGAGGGUUUCAGCGAGGUGCUGAAACAGUGCAGAUUUGCAAAUGGAUUAGCCUAAUCAAGAAGUUCAAAUUGAAGACAUGGAAAAUCAUCUCUCACGACCAAGUUAAUUUAGUAUAAAAAUAUAAUGGAUAGUGAAAGUAUAAAGUGUAAAACCACCAGUUAAACCUCUCUAUUAUUAAUAGCUUCCUUGCCUCAGAAUUGCAGUGGAAGAGAGUGUUCAUACUGUAUAGUUCAUUGAGAUGGUAUUGAGUUUGGGGUUGGGCAGAUGGUUUUGUGGGCUCCUUAAACCAGGUUUUGUGAUGUUAUUUGUGAAUCGAUUAGAAUAAAGUGAUUUUCUUCCAAAAUGA